AUGCUGCAGCAGCUCCUGAUCACCCUGCCCACCGAGGCCAGCACAUGGGUGAAGUUGCACCAUCCAGAGAAGGCCAAGGAGGGGGCGCCCCUGUGGGAGGAUGUGACCAAGAUGUUUGAAGGAGGAGCUCUGCUAUCUCAGGAUGCUGAUGAGACCCAGGGAGAAAGUUUAAAGGAUGAAUUAACCCCCGGGACCCCAACAACAGACUCCCAGGAACUGUUGACCUUCAAGGACAUAUCUGUGGACUUCACCCAGGAGGAGUGGGGGCAGCUGGCGCCUGCUCACCGGAAUCUGUACCGGGAGGUGAUGCUGGAGAACUAUGGGAAUCUGGUCUCAGUGGGCUGUCAGCUUUCCAAACCUAGUGUGAUUUCCCAGUUGGAGAAAGGAGAAGAGCCAUGGAUGACAGAGAAAGAAGGCCCAGGAGAUCCCAGUUCAGACUUGAAGAGUAAAACAGAAACCAGUGCGUCAAAUGCAAAAUAUAACAUUUUACAAGAACAGUUAUAUCACGGUAUGAUGAUGGAAAGGUUCAUGAGGGAUGAUGUCAUUUAUUCCACAUUGAAGAAAGUCUCAAAAUAUGAUGAUGAGUUAGAAAGGCACCAGGAUCACCAUGGAAGAAAUGUGAGACAAACCACUAUGACCCAUAAGAAGAGAAGCCAAGAAACUUACAAAUUUGGCAAAAAUAUUGUGAGUUCAAAUGUUGUUAUAGAACAGAGGCUCCGUAAAUGUGACACGCCUAGAAAGCGAAACAAAUGCAAAUCAGAUUUGAUUAAUCAUCCAACAAGUUACAUAAGAGUAAAAACCUAUGAGUGUAAUAUAUGUGAGAAGGUCUUCAAACAACCCAUUCACCUUACUGAACACAUGAGAAUUCAUACUGGUGAGAAACCUUUCAGAUGUAAGGAAUGUGGAAGAGCCUUCAGUCAAAGUGCAUCCCUUACCACACACCAGAGAAUCCAUACUGGUGAGAAGCCCUUUGAAUGUGAAGAAUGUGGCAAAGCCUUCAGACAUCGCUCAUCUCUUAAUCAGCAUCAUAGAACCCACACUGGGGAGAAACCCUACAUAUGUGAUAAAUGUCAGAAAGCUUUCAGCCAGAACAUUAGCUUGAUCCAGCAUUUGAGAACUCAUUCUGGAGAGAAACCCUUUACGUGCAAUGAAUGUGGGAAAACCUUUAGACAGAUUAGACACCUUAGUGAACAUAUAAGAAUUCAUACUGGGGAGAAGCCCUAUGCAUGCACUGCAUGUUGUAAAACCUUUAGUCAUAGAGCUUAUCUAACGCAUCACCAGAGAAUCCAUACUGGGGAGAGACCCUACAAAUGUAAAGAAUGUGGGAAAGCCUUUAGGCAGAGGAUACACCUUAGCAACCAUAAAACUGUUCAUACAGGAAAAAUUCAUAACAGAGAGAGACCCUUUGUGUGCAGUGAUUGUGGAAAAGCGUUUACACAUAAAGCACAGCUCGUGGUCCAUCAGAGACUCCACACUGGAGAGAAGCCUUAUGAAUGCAGUCAGUGUGGAAAAUCAUUCACUUGGAAUUCUUCCUUUAAUCAACACAUGAAAUCGCAUACACUUGAGAACUCAUUUGAAUGUAAGGAAUGUGGGAAAACGUUCAGGUAUAGUUCAUCCCUUUAUAAACACUCUAAAUUUCAUACAGGAGAGAAACCAUAUCAAUGCAUUGUAUGUGGCAAAGCCUUUGGCAACAGUUCUGUGCUUGUUACCCAUCAAAGAAUUCAUACAGGAGAGAAACCUUAUGGAUGUAUUAAAUGUGGCAAAGCCUUCAUCAAGAAGUCUCAUCUCCUUAGACAUCAAAUAACUCAUACAGGAGAAAGGCCCUAUGAAUGUAGCAAAUGUGGGAAAUCAUUUUCCCAGAAGUCAAAUCUUAUUGUACAUCAGAAAAUUCAUAUCAUUUUCUGCUCCCCGGGGCCCUGGCCAGGGCCCUAG